CGUGUGUUCGAGCAAGAAGGGUUUUAGUUAUAAGGGUUCUAAGGGAAUUCUGACUUAACCGUUACCAUCGGAGCAACAUAUCUGUCCUGCAUCCAUUCAAGCCGUUUUAUCCCUGUGUUGCAUUUGAGCAGACAACAGCACCAGAUUUGUCAACAGUGCACCUUCUGUUGGCUUUUUGAAGCCAUUGAUAGCUGCCAUACCGCGUGGAUGGCGUUCCCUAACAGAAGAUACCAGCGAUUUAUAGCCCCUCGACACCAAGAGGCGGCCAGGCUGAAGAAGUUGAAAAGUCGGCGCGUGUCCCAACAUCAGGACAACAUGGAGUCUGUAAAUGGUGAGUCGUCGAAUCGUUUUCAAGUGUUAUGCCACGACCAAGUGUCAAGACUGCACGAGGUCAUGGAAGAGACCGUGCCGAUUCAUGGCCGUGGAAACUUCCCGACUCUCGAAGUGAAACUCAAAGACUUGAUCCAAGUUGUGCGUCGAAAGCUUAAAGAAGCUGGCGUAUCUGUUCGUGAUGUGCGUCUAAACGGCGGUGGUGCUAGUUAUAUCGUGGGUACAGAGAAUGUCACCCCCUAUAAUGACUUAGAUUUGAUAUUCGGGGUGGAUCUGUCCACUACGAAUGAUCUGCAGAAAAUCAAGAACACCGCUUUGGACAGUCUUCUAAACUUCCUUCCGGAAGGUGUUAACACUGAUAACAUGACGAGUUGUACGUUAAAGGAGGCGUAUGUACAUAAACUGGUGAAAGUGUGUAAUGAUAACGAUCGGUGGAGUUUGAUUUCACUGAGUAAUCGGACUGGUCGCAACGUUGAACUGAAAUUUGUCGACAAGAUGCGACGGCAAUACGAGUUCACUGUGGAUUCGUUCCAAAUCAUUCUCGAUAGCCUGUUGACAUUCUAUGAUGUCUCCCAGACCCCAAUGAGUGAACAUUUCUAUCCGACUGUCAUCGCGGAAAGCGUGUACGGAAACUUCGACGAGGCCAUGUAUCAUUUGAAUAAGAAGCUUAUCGCGACGAAACAACCGGAGGAAAUCCGAGGAGGUGGUUUGCUGAAAUACUGCAAUUUACUUGUCCGUGGAUAUAACGCAGCGCCAGAUGUGGAUAUUCAAAUUCUGGAGCGAUACAUGUGUUCGCGCUUCUUCAUAGAUUUCAGUGACAUUGCGCAACAGAAGAACAAGUUGGAAAAUUACUUGGUGAAUCAUUUCCGUGACGAUGACGAAUACCUCAAAUAUGACUAUAUGAGAAUCCUGCACCGUGUUGUUGACGAGAGUACGAUAUGUCUGAUGGGGCAUGAGCGACGGCAGACGCUCAAUCUCAUUCAGUGUAUCGCUUAUCAAGUUCUCGUCGAACAGGAUCAGAAAGCACAGCACAAAUACUUCGAGAUGCAGCAGUUUGAUAGUCAGAACAACUUGGUAAUCGACCAAGUGUUCUACGGACCUUAUGGCAACAGCAGUGGAUACUAUAACGCCAUGAAUGCCGGAUAUAUGCCACAGAUUAUGUGUACGUCCGCGCCCCAAUAUCUUCAGUGUUCAUAACUGUUGCGGUGUGUAGCAAGAAGGGAGGAUCAUUGAGAUGCAUCUGACUAUUCUUCUUGUAAAUUAUGAACUCGGUUAACGAAGCCCUAUGAUAUAAUGCCCCAAGUACAAAUUGAAUUGGCCCUGCAUUAGUACUCAGUUUUAUGUACAUUGUGUGUAUGUACUUCUGCCUAAUCCAAUUUGAACUUGAGACAUCAGUCAGGCCAAUUGUAACUUCCAAGAACUUUGUCAUACUCCAGCAGGUUUUUCCAUGCUUGUCACAAGAUCAGUUACACAAAUGUCCCAUGUGUCUUCACUGGUAAAAUGUUCAGAUUUCCGGCAUGUAUCUUAUAAGUAUCAAUAUCAGCGACAGAUGUCCAGCAUUUUGCGUAGGGUCUACAAUAACUUCAUCAGUGUAAAAUAAAUGGUUGGUUUCUAUAUUGUUCAUUUCCAACAUUCGACAUUCGCCUGUGAAAAGUAAAAUCAAAAUUACUCUUGUCCGGUCAUCCACUGUCUUAUUUCUCUAUCUAAGUGUCGGCUUUCCAAGAACUACCAGGCACAGAAAUUAACCUUCUGACAAAAAUUAUCCAGCCAUGCACUGUUAAUUUUAAAAGUGAAAAUAUUUCAAGUACUUAAGUGCUUGUAAUAUAAGGCUUUCAUUGACACUGUGUAACAUUGUGGUAAGUUGUUGCCCUUUCUGAUCAAGCACAUGGGCUAUGCUGUUUUUCUGAGUAGCCUAUAGAGUCAUGCUCCUGGAAUUUUUUUUUUUUUAAAUGUCAGUGUACAAUACCCUGAGUUAUUGAAGCAGGGAGAUCAGUUGAUUUUGGGUGCUACUGGCAUUACUGUGGUUAAUUUAGCAUUCGCUGUGUUGAGUAUGCCGCCCUGGCUUCAAUGAGUUCAAAAUUCUAUUUGCUUUCUGCCAUGUCUGCGUUUGUUUCCAAUGAACUUGCUGCUCAAGGACAAAAUAAAAGACAUCCAAUUCCAACUUGGUGAAAAAUCUAAUUUCAUUCUGCUGUAGAGCCUAAAAGUCCACAUUUUAUAGCUGCGCUUACACCACGAAAUAUUGGUGGACCAAUUGCACUUACACCACCACAUUGCCGCGACAAAUUGGUUCGGCAAUCCAUUGCCGAUACAAAUUGCCGAGCGAAUUUGUCCCACCAAGCUUGAUGGUCCAAAUUCGCCCGGCUUGUUGAAAGCUCGGCUUUGUCGUGGUGUAAGCGCAAAUGGAUCGGCAAUUAGCUAGUUAGAUGGUUCGGCUCCAGGUGGCGUUUUCGAAAUGGCGCUUUCUGCUUAUUGUUUGCGCGCCAUCUGUAGCCGGAUUUUAUAACUAGCUGCAGCGCUGGUGUAAGCGCUUGGUGGAUUUUCGAUGGUGCGGCAUUGGUUCCCGAACCAAGAUUGGUGGUCCAUUUUCAGGUGGUGUAAGUGCGGCUUAUGUUGCAAUUGGUGCCGAAAAUGUACUGUUUUAUUAUAAUAUUAGAGGUGAAAUGCCGCUCUCAGAUUGUAUAAAAUUGGCCUGUCUUGGGCCAAACAAGGUGCCAUUGAUACACACUCUCUGGCUUGGGGUAAUUACUCUUGUAUGUACACACUCUAUGAAAACAGUAGUAGUCUGUUUGACAUGAUUAUCACCACAAUGGGCCAGUGUCAAUGUAAACCAGCAUUAUUAUUGUUGCAAUAAUGGUGUGAUAUUUUCAAAACAAUUUACCAGUCUAGACAUGUUUGGGAAGAGGGGAAAUUAUUAAUGAAAUAGUGGGCUGUGUGGUGGAUUGUUACUGGUAAACGGAAUAUUGAUAUGAUACAGAUAUAUGUCAUACAAUGAAGUGGUACAUUUGUAGUGUAUCUAUCAUCGUAUGUAAUAAUCGUAAAUACAAUGAAAUAACAAUAAUAGGGUGAAGACUUAGGAUAUGUGUAUUCCAAGAGAAUCAACUCAAACUGACAGUGAUGACCUUGGUGUAAAUGCUAUUGACUUAUUCAGUCCGCCAUCUCUGCAACUUUGCAUAAUCGUCAUCUGGUGGCAACAGUAGGCCCAAAUAUUUUUGAAAAAAACUUUUUGUGCUCUUCAUUAUCAUAUUUCCGCAUUUUGUCCGGUUAGUUGUAAACAAAAAAACCACUAGCAAAGUUCUAAGAUAAUCUUGUGGUUUUGUUGAACUUGUCGGCAGCUGGCUGCCGACAAAUAUAUUUUAGAAUUGUGGAAAAAAUUGUUGUUCCUUUGAAGCAAAUUAAUUUAUCUGUCUGUGUCUACUGGGAAGGCCUACAUUAUGUACAUUGUACAUGUAGGCCUAUCACUAAAUUACAAUUCGAAUCAAUCAUUUACACUUUUUAACCUUUUUGGCUCUAAUCCCUCUACUAGAUCUCCACAUUUCUUAGUAAAAAAUUCCAGCCAAAUUGCACAAUUGACAGGCAAUCAUGUGCUACAUGUAAGUUGUGCCAAAUUAUGUAUGACACUUUCUGUACAAAGUAAAUAGAAGAGUGACCUUACUGAUAUGCUACCUUGUAUAUUUUGCACUGACAUUGUAAUUUUGUUUUGGCAGGUUUAUCAAUCAUAGAUCAGUAUUUUCAGCCGACUGUCCUUCACUGUCAAAAAGGCGUCACUUUUCAUAUAUAUUAUUAGUUGUAUUCUGAAUUUCACCGUCAUUAGUCUUCUCUUGAUAAUUCCCCUCCUCAAAAACUAAAGACUAAAGUGCCAAAUAUCAAACUUUCUCAGUUGGCUUCAUAAGCAUUUUCCCUUGUGAACAGAAACCAGUGGGACCUGAAUUCCUGAGUGAUGCCAAAUCCCGAGACAAAAUUGGGCGGAGCUGUCUGCUGGUUAGGUUAUUCAAUAAUGAUAAGCACCUGAAUUAUCAUGGUGUGCGGCCGCUUUGACAUCCUUCCUUCCUGUCAUGCCCAAUCCUAGACUGUAAGGACGUGCAUUGACAUUAAAAAUUUGUAGUUGAAACAAACUCAAAGUGACUUACCCCCGGUGGUUCAGGAUGUGAUGAAGUUGAGUUCCUUGAAGUCUAGGCUACCGGUACUUUCUUUGUCCUAGGAUUGCUUGGUUUAAAAAACAUGGAAUUCCUGGUGCUGGUUCACAAUGGGUUGUUCCAUCAAAAAGUCUUAUGGCUACAUUUUAUGAAAAGUACAUGUUACAUUUUAAAUUGUAUUACUUUAUUUUCAAAAAGUGACAAGCAUGAAUGUUAUCAAAGCGUGGAGUAUUUCAGAGUAAAAGCAAACGUUGCACAAAAAAAUUGAAAAAAAUGUAAAAGUGAAGCAUCUUGGCCAUAUUGUCUUCGCUGGGUUAAAAAAUAAAUGGUGCUCGAGCUCGACGCGUGAAUAUGUGAGCUUACCCAGAAUGCAAUGGCCCAUCCUCCCACAACAGGUCUUCGUAUAAAUUCUAAAAUAGCACUCAAUCAAGCUCUGUUGAUAUUGUCUAGACCUUGGUCAUAAAUAUUAUUACAUCAAAUGUGUCAACAGGUGGCAGAAAAUGCCUCCAUUCUGUACAGAGGAUGUUGGCAAAAGUGAAUUCUGCUUGUGGUUGAAACUUCUGUUCCAUGUCAACAGAUGCAUGUAGGCUGUGUAACUGUGCUUAACUGACCAUCUUAGCUUGAGGUGAAGAUUUGUUUGUGAUGAUGGACUCUUAGUGGGCAAUGACUUUUGCUCAAUUUCGGCAGGGCUUUGAGUGAGUGUAUUUUAGAAACCAUCCAAAGGCCUGCUGUUUGAGGAUGGCAAUGGCAAGGUUUAUCAUGCUUUGUGUACAAAAUGUACAAAGACCAUAGUGAGUUAGGAAACUUAGAUGGAAGGUUUAUUUCUAACCUUCAAAACUUCAUGUGUGUAUAUAUUAUACUCAUUUUGGUCCAACUACUACUAGUACUAAAAUAGUUCUUCCAUAGUAAACAGCUUCAUGUAUCUCAACAAGCGUAUUCCUGUGCAUGUGUGCGUUAUUUAUUUUUCCCUUUAGGUUUAGUUUGACCAUGUUAUAUAUGCAAAAAAGUCUGACAAUACAGCAAAAAAAGCUGGUAGUUUUAUUUACGUACAACACUGCCGAAAUCUAGGACGAUUUUCAUGUAGUGAGGUCAUGUCACCAAUAUCUUGGGUAGCGGGCUAGACAUGCUAGAAGUAGAAGGGAACAUUAAAACAUUUAAACCUCAAGAGACUACAAAAUACACAACAUAUUGUGUACCUUCACCCUUAAGUACAUCGCCCCGCUAUCCAAGGUAAAAAUAGGUGUGGCCUAAUCGUAGGGUAUGAAUUUCAUUUGAACUGUGAUAAAGGUGGUGCUUGCCUCAGAAUACUCGGAUAGAGGGCGCUGACGUGCAGGUGACCCCUUCGUUUGAGAUCCGGUGUCGUUACGGGUCGUGAUCAGGGAGGAAAAAUCAUGGAAAGUUGUCGGUUGAAUGUAUUUUGGGAUCCGUAUUGGUCGGAACAUUGAGAUUCAAGUUUUAUCAUAACAUGUAUUUGCAUUGAUCAGUGAUUCUUAAAGAAAAAUCAAAUUUUCUCCAUUGGUGUAUAUUUUAUCAUAGUUUUUGAGUUAAAAAACACUUGAUUUGCUUAUUGUAUGUAUUCAUUUUCAAUAGCCGUGUAUGUUUUCUUUUCACAUAUAUAUGUUUUCUUUUUCCACGGGUUUAAAAUUUGUGACCCGAGCUUUGUGUAUGGAUGAAUUUAUCCUGGUUUAAAGUGGUAAAACGUCAUGUAGUGGAAAUAGGGCUGGCACGUUCCAUUUGUACAGAGGAGAUACAUGGACAGGGCUUGAAAAUGAUCUUUAUUAUUGGUGCCUAAUUGGAACCAAUUUUUGGAAAUUCCAAUUUUUUCAAAACAGAAAAGGCAGACGCUUUAAUUACAGCAGUUGGUAUUUGAUUAUGUUUUCCUGUCCAAGGCAUAUUUUCAAAUCUUUGUAUUGUGUUAAAUUGGUAACAUGGUUGUGGCCUUUGCGUGACACAUUCUGACAAUUGCUUACAAUGAGGUCUUGGGAUGGAAAAAGUAUGUUGCCUCAUUUGUAUUGUUGGACUCCACCACCUCCUGACCCAAGCGCGGUGAAACGAUUUUGAGUAAAGCAGCUACAUGCAAUUAAAUUCGCUGCUAUGUGUGACAAAAAUAUCUCUCCUCUGCGGGUGAAGUCGCUUGGUUUGAUAAUUGACUCGCAGGUUGCUGCAACCUACGAUGACCACCGCAAACAAGUGAUUAUUGUGACAUAAUCAAUAAUGCGAUAUAAAUCGUUGCAGCAGUUUCAAAUCGCUUGUUUGCAGGCGAGCUUUCGUAAAAUUAAGUCAUGGAUUAUUCAAUUAUUUGUUCUGUUUAAAGACAAGUGGUUUGAAGUAAACUUGUCCAUUCCAUGUGUGCCUGUUCUAUAUUCUCCAGUUCACACCUGCUGUCCUGUGCAUUGUUGGCAUGUUUUUGACUAAGGGAUGGUGUUGAAAAGGGUACAGGUGUCGGAUGAACACUUCAGAGUUCGAGAAGUGUCGAUCCAAUUCCUGCGAAGAACACUUGUAAUGCCUAUAUGGUACAUGUAAUAUUAUGUGGGCUGUACAAUGUAAUACUUGUCCACUCCCCUACCUACAUGAAAGGUGGGUUGAAGACUAGGACACUACGUGGACAAAGGCAUGCAUGUCCUUGUUUGUGAUUUCCAGUUCCACAGCCAAGGACAACCCCCCCCCACCCCACCCCACCCCACCAACUCAGCCUGGCAUCAAGGCAGGGUGGGGGAUGCACCAGGCUUUUAAAUUUUUAUGUGCAUUCACUCUCCUACUCCAUCACGCUCCUAAAAUAUUGCGUGGGAGAGUUGUUUUUCACUUCCAAUGUUUUAUAUUUUAAACAGUAUGGAGGGUGGUUUAGUCCGCCAAAUCAGAGUGUUUCGAACACUUCAUAAAAAGCGUCACUGAAAUGACAAGGAUUUUGGUAGAUUUUGGUUCAGUACAAUUUUAUUUCGAGGGUUGUUUGUGAUCUCCAGCAGGUAAAUGCUCAAUGGUUUCAAGAUUCACUUCUGUUCAUAUACAGUGAAACCUCCCUAAGUGGAUACCUCUCUUUUAAGGACAACCUCUACAUUAAGGACACUACUUUUGGUCCCAAUGUGUUGGUUUCCAUUCAAUUUGACCUCUCUAAUCAGGACACUUUUCUGUUAAGGACAGCACUUGUCAGUCUCAAGGGUGUUCUUAAUAGAGAGGUCCUACUGUACAGUGCUUGUGAUGAACAAAACUGAUAAUUUUUUUGUCUACAUACUUGUCCCUCCAGAUAGUUUCACUUUCAGAUUGAACGAAGAGUAAGCCCAUAUGGGUACUUAAAGUUCAAUAUGAAUUUUUCAGAUUUUUUUGUUGAAAUAAAGCAGUUGAUGGCAUAAGGCCUAUACACUGUCACGUAGUAGGGGAGGGACGGUAAUUUUUGUAAAAAAAUGAAAAAUUUGUUUUUGUACAAUCUGUUCGACCUUACACAGCUAAUUGGUUUUUUUUGGCUAUGUUGACCCAAAUCAGUGCCAAGUUCAUGAACCAGUGAAAUAAUUCCUUAAUUUCUUAUCCACCCUGGAUUAGAGCUGUAGUUGUUUUAUUGGCAUCAUUAAGUUGGGCCCAACAUGCAAGCCCACAUGUUGUGAUAUCACUUUGUUUUUAUUUACGAAACAAUACCCCUCUAAAUUUGUAUUGUAACCUCAAUUGCAAAUAUUGACUUAAAAAUUUAAGAAAGUUGAUGCUUCUCAAUUUCACCUAGCUUUGUCUUAAGUCUUACUGUCUUAGAAUCUGUGAUCAAGAAUUAAAAGAGACUAGUCUUUAUCUAUUCUUGUUGUGAUGUAUCCUAGAAUCUCUUGUGAUUGAAUUGUUUGAAAUGUAUUUUUUUCAUCUCUUUUUCAAGAUAUUGCUGUUCAGAAAAGUGCCUUCAAUUCAAAGGUUUGACUUAUACUAUACUUACACUGGCUUUUAACAAGGCUGGUAAAUCUAUCUGUGAUUUUCGUCUCUUUAUUAUAGUUGAGUGAUCAAAAUGAAGGAAGCCUACAGUACAAAGCUACAUGUAGGUUUAUUUGAACCCUUGGUUGUUUGAGGGACAUUUGGGGACAAUUUCUGUGUAAGAAAGAAUUUUUUUCGGGAUUUCUCUGGCCAAAUAUUGAAAAACGCCUCUGAAAUUACAAUCUUCGCCAGGAAAUGAUAUCUUUUAGGCUUUUAGACAUAACUUCAUGGGAUUUCGGAGCAGAGUAAAGGAUUUUGACCAGCAGAAACUACUUCGGGGGUGGGGCAGUAUAAUCCCUUAAAAAACUAAAAUUAAAAAAAAAUAUUGUUUGAAUAUUUUGCUGAUUUGGGGAAAUGUGACGCCCUCUUGCGCCUUGUAAGAACCAUGCAAUUGAGGCUUGAUCUAACUGGCUAAUGAUAUUAGUGGCAGGCAUCAAGGCGAGUUUCAAUCCACCCGAUAAAUAAAUAUUUGAUAAAUUUAUAAUCUAAAUUUACAUUAAUUUCCAUGAUAGUUCCGAAUCGAUUGUAUUGUCACAGGUGGUGAUAUUGGUCGAGUAAUUCGUACAGUAGGGAGCAUAUAAGCAGCUGCUAUGCUUGAUAACAAUACAAUACAUGGCAUUGACAAGGUCAACUUAACCAUGCCUGUGCAUGUGCCAUGUGCCAUGUAGGUCCGACCCAUAAUGACUAAUGCAAGUAUCAAUUCGUGUCUUGUACCCCCCUCCUCAAGGGUACGACACCUUAUCACCCUAUAACGACAUCUUAAGACUCAUGCAUCACCCUUUUUUCACCAAUGCUACUUUUUCUUUCGUCAAGACAUCACCAUCAACAAUAUAUCAGUUAUCACCAUCAUAUAAAGUAACCGGACUAAUUUUACUGGGUAAGGCUGUAUGUUCGACAAGACAUCGACACAUUAGCAUCCUUAUUCUUUCCAGCUUCGCCAAAUUUUCACUAAAGGAAAAAUAAAUACUACUCAAGCAUCGGCAAAGAUUAGUGGUGAUAGCUUAACUACCCUUGAGGAGGGGGGGUACAAGAAACGAAUUGAUACUUGCAUAAAUCGUACUGGGACAGCAUAGAAAUGUCAGCAAGGUGGCGCAAAAAGGGUUGAACUGGUUGAGGUCAACUUCGAAGUAGAACAACAUUUCAGUGGUGCAAAGUGACUCUUUGGUGUAAAAAUAUUUUUGAAACUUAUUUUGUAAGGGGUGUUACGUGAAAGUGAGGUUCUCUGCUUGGUAAACAAACCAGCUACAGCUGACAGGUAUAUAAUCUAUGCCUGAGUGAAUGGCCUGUUUGAUUGAUUCAGUUGCCAAUUCAUUUCUGAGAUAAAGAAUUGUUUUGUGGGCUGCUGGGAAAUUAACAUGUGUAGUGAUGAUAAAUGGGCAUUUAAAAUUGUUUUACUGGUUGAUAUCAUUCUCUAGAUAUGAUUUACGAUAUAAGUGGGAAGGCCUAGUUCUAAUCAUAACGCGAAGCUCUCUUGUCUAGAAUCCCGCUAAAGGGUAUGUGCAUGGUAUGAUUUCAGCAUCACUCUAUAGCCAGUGUCUCAAAAAGACUAUCAUCCCCUACACUACAUGCGAGAUAAAGUGAUACAAUUUUAGCCUCUACAAUGUAAAAAAAAUAGCUGGUCGUACACAUUGAUGUAGUAUAUUGGCGGUAACUGUUACUGACCUAUAUAAUUGUACCACCUUUACCUUACAUUGUAUGGGACACAGUAGGAAAGUGCUUGCCGUUCCCUUUUGCAUUCCCUGAACUAAUGUAUGAACUGUUCAAUCAAACGGUAGCAGAAUGAUCUUGUGAUUAUUGAGCAUUUAUUUUGGAGGUCACAUUUUUAAAGGUUAUUUCCAUUGCCGUAUGAUACUUGGAGAGAAAAUGCCCUGGUUAUUAUUUUGCAUGUAAACUGCUAUUUUCAUUUCUACUUGCUUCUAGUGUAUGUGAUGUCUACUCGAGAUCUGUAUGAUGUACAAAAUUAAACAGAGCUCCAUGUGUGGUGGUCGGUCCUGAAUGGACGGGGAGCAUUCAGUUGGUAUCCAAAAGGAUACACAAAAAAAAUAUAGGAAAGUUGCCAAAAUACACCAUAAUACAAAUAGGAUAUUAGAAACAUUGUGUACUUUAGGAUUGCUGCUUGGUUUAUGUUUUCAACUGGCACUGGUCCUGGUGUAUUUUGGUGAUUUUUCCAAAUUUCAUUAUUUGAGGGUUUGUUACACGGAUUAGUUUAAAAAUAUUAGUCAUCAUUGUACAUGAACAUUGUAUGUAUGUAAGUCUGUGAUCAUUAUCAUCAUUCGUUCUCGCAUAAAAAAAAUAUUCAAUUCAAAGGGGAGUUCUAAUGUAAGCUCCGGCAUUUAAGUUUACAAAAUACAUGUUGUCCACUUCCGAGUCUGAUUAGAAAGGUUUUUGUCCAAUUGAUAGUCUUUUCAACCGGUUUUGGUGUAAAUAUAGCAUAAUUUGCGAUGGAACUAUCUGUAAGAAAUUUAUUUGAUUCUGCUGAGCUUUGUGAAAUAUUGGACCCAUCUUGUCCUGGUUGUUCUUCUAAUGCUAUACACACUCUAAUUUUUGCUGGAUUCUUGAUUUUACUGCUUUUUGCUGGCAGAUAUAUAAAAAAUCAGAUGUCAGUAUAAAUUUUAAAAGAUUCUGCAGUUUGGUUGAUUUAGCUCGGCAAGAAUGUGUUUAUCAUCCUUGUCUGGUCAGUAAAAUUGAGAACACCAGCAAUUUUUGGAGGUAAAAUGGGUUGUCUAUUAUGCUGUGGAAUACCACAUGACCAUACAACUAGUUGUGAAACCAAGCGUGUGCUGUAAAUUCAAAUUCAUGUACUGUAAACUCAAAUCAUGUGAUGUAAGCUAAAAGUGCAUGUGCUGUAAAUGAAGACCAGCAAGUCCAUCGUGUUAUUUGAAGUGCAUUGUAUAUUGUAGUGUUCUGCAACAAAUUGCAAGCUAGCCUAUGGUAACUAAUACAUACAAACAAACAUCCAAACUACUGUAAAUAUAGCAUUUUAUAGUCAUGUGCUAUUUUAUGGCCAUACAUACAUAAAGUAUUGUAUAAAAGUGGCUCUUGGGAUCAGGGUUUUCGCCAAAAUCUAUGUGUAUGUCACGAAUCGGGGUGGAAACGCUCAAAAGGUCUAUGAUACGUCUUGCUGGGAAAGACCAAAAUGAGCUGAUGAAACCCAUCUAUGUCGAUGUGUUACGCCAUAUAUUGUGUAUCCUGUUUUGGUUGUUGGCUUCUAUGGGAUAGGCAGGAGACUUUUUUCUUUAGUAGGGAACUCUUUGGAAAAUUGGCGCUCCAUAUGUCUGCGGCACUUCACAUCGCUGCGUCACUGUGGCGUGCGUACCACAGUAAUAUGGAGAACCACUUGUCCAGAUUGAGUUGUUUAUUUCUCACUAGCUCAGCACUGAGAAAAAUGCCUAGUCUUAGACAUAUACCUUUCCCUUAUUUUUGGGAUGUGUAGGUUGCAUUUUAUGAUAUUCUUUCAAUAGUCUUUACUCUCUGUGAAAUUCUAAAAAUUUUGUUUUCUUCUAAAUCGUAUUAUCAAUCAGUUUUAAAGAGUGAUCUAGAUAUGAAUUAAGGCUAACUUUUGGUGUUUGUGGAGGGUGUUUCCUCUUGCACAGGUGCAGUGUGUUCAGACAUCCUUGUCUAUAACACUUGGAAAAUAUGACUAUGAGCCACUGUUGUGGACCCAGCUGUGCUCCUUAAAAAUUAUAAAAUAUUCCAAACAUAUUGACAGUUUCAAAGCACAACUGAAAACCCACUUACUAAGUUAUUUGCAGGAGUUUUUGGACAAGGGGUGCUUACACAGUGCAAGGUCUAGAUAUCCAUGGAAUUGCCCUCUUUAAAAGACUAAUUAUUUUCUAGGCUCUCCACAAACAUCUGUUUGCAUUUAUAAGUCGAUCAGACUCAAUGCUGGCCAUUUAUUCAAGAGAAAUCCACUGACAUGUAAAGCAUUCUGUGGGCGUUGAAAACUGCACGAGAGGCAGCACAGACGUUUUUAAAUUAAUUUGAAUAAUGAUGAAGGGUAAUGGUGCCUUUAAGGGGCAGUUGUGAAUGUAAUUUCAUUGAAUACAAUGACUGGAGCUUUUGAGUUUCGAGACUGGUGGAGUGUGGAUAUUGCAUUUAAAUUCUUGAUCGAUUCUCGGUAGAAUGAGAGGAGUCUCUCAUGAUAAUAAUAAUGGCUGACAUAAACAAAGUCGAUUGUGUUCCUGCAUAUAGGGCGGUUCUGUGAUGUGUCAGAAAAUGUGCAAACAUACCUUCCCAGACUGUUUUCGCACAUUUUUUCAGAUUGUCCCAAAUAGCCUCGUCUGGUAAAACGUCAUCAUUGCCAGCCCAGCAUUGUAUUAUCAUGAGGUAUUCCUCCUUAAAAGUAAACUCAUUAGGACAAUGGGCCAUUGAGAACUUGUUUGAAGUUUAGCAAAAUUGAAAACUUUGAAACCUGAAAAUGUUGCGGUUUUACAGUAAAUGCUUGACAUGCCUGCUCCUCUCUGUAAUGAGAGUGACGGUGCUCUGGUUGUCUUGCACAAAAUUUAUCAUAUUCUUGUCAGCCAUGACCUGCUCCACCACCUACUUUUAAGGGGGUGUGACAGCGUUUGAAAUAUGACAUCAUAGGGUAGGUAAAAGGGAACUUGUUUUGAAAAUCAUUUGUGCUGGUGCUGCUCCAGACACGGCUGUGUUACAGUGUGUGGUGUUCAACAGUUAUUUCAUUAAUCACACCUAUUGCUGUAUCUGCUGUUGGUGACAGCUAAAGCGUGUUUGUGACGGCAACAGCAUCCCCGUUAGCCACUCCACCAGUUCCUGUAUCACGUAUACUGUGUUACCAGUAUCAUCAAGUCUUUCAUCAAAGCAGCCAUUACCAAAGAAAUUUUGUUGUCAAAUCCAAUCAAAUGAGAAAUUUGUAAAAUUUCUGCCUUAAACUUCUGAUUUUAAUUAUUAGUAUUGAUCUGAAUUUGUCCAGUUUGGUUUCCUAUGUUUGUGAUUGCUGCCCAAACUGUUCAUAUUAAGUUUAAGUAUUGGAGUCUUAUUUGAAAUUAUUCUACUUAAAAAUGUUCUAAUAUUUAUGCUGAAAAUGCAUUGUAUUUCUUCGUGGUCAUCGUUUUUGAAGGAAAAAAAUGGUUGUAAAACUGGUUCUAACUCAACCAAAAUUGACAGAAGUGUGUGCUAAAGUCGCCACCUAGCAGUCGGCGUAUGUACUAUGUGGCACCCAGUGCUGCAUGUUUACGGAUCUUAUCUUUGUAUUCCACGGAAAAUGUAUUUUGUGAAGAUGACAUCAUGGAAGAGAAGAAUAAAAUUAUUUUUCUGUUA